AUGGGCCUCGUCGCCACCGCCGCAGCUGCCGCCGCCGCAGGCACCGGCACCGCCCCGGUCGCUGUCCUACCCUCCUCUGGCGUCUACCCCCCGGGCUACAACGGAACGGGCAUCUACACCGUCACCACGGUGUGGGACAGCGUGUCGACGUACUGCCCGGAGCCGACGACGUUGUGCUUCAACGACGUCACCUACACCAUCGACAAGCCGACCACCCUCAUCAUCUCGGACUGCCCCUGCACGCAGACCUAUACCACUCAAUACACAGGCGGCCAAAUGUACACAAGCUACGCCAUGCCCAAACCACCCGCCCAGACCGCCGGUCCUGGAGUCCCCGUAGCCCCGGGUGCCACGCCCACGGCUUCCGGCCAGAACCCCGGCGGCAACGUGGCCGUCGUCGUCACCGCUGGCGCCGAGAAGCGCGUCGCCUCCGUCAUCGCACUGGUCGCUGGCGUCGUUGCCGCCUUCGCCCUGUAA